CACUUCCGCAAAUCUAUCAUACCAAUUUCUCUCUUACCAUUCGAUCUACUUUACCAAUUCAUCACCACCAUCAUCUUCUCAAACUGUAAGUAAUAUCAUAGCUAAAUUCAUUGUAAAUCUCCAUUCCCAUUCACAUAGUUAUUAUCAUCAAGAUUUGAUCAUUUUUUUUUCUCUAUUAUUUACUCCCCCAAUAUUAUUCCCUUAUCUAUAGAAGAGUUGUAAAUAAACAAACUCUAGAUUUUUAUCAGUCCAACACUGUUUUUGUUAUCUGGGCUGUGCUUAUUUGAUCAUACAAAUGUCUACUAGUAGCUAUAUUGGAAUCUCUACCAUGAGACCCUGUUGUAGAAUCCUAAGUAGUUGUAAAACUCCAUUGCUUUCUGGGUUUUCUCCAACCAACUUUAAUGAUCCAACCAUCUUGUCCAAAUCUUGUUGUCCCAGCUCAACUCAUCAACCUAGAUACUAUACUAGAAAUACCCGGAUUAUAGGAUACAUACGUGUGAUUGAUCCGAAUCGGAAGGUUUUUAGUGUUUCCGGUUCGAAUCGGGUUAAUUCUAGGAAUUUUAGUAGCUCUAGUUUUUGUGUCAAUUUAGGCAGUUUUAGGCCUAGGGUUGUUUCGUUGAUACCGAAUGUAGCGUCGAAUAUUAGAAACCAUUCUACUUCGGUUGAAUCUCAUGGUAAUGACACAAGCUUUGAGAAGAUUUACAUUCAGAGUGGUUUGAAUGCAAAGCCCUUGGUAUUUGAGAGGAUUGAGUCUGAUCAAAGUAAAUUGGAGGAAGUCGCUGAAGAAAGACGUGAUGGUUCGAAUGUAAAUAUAGAUAAUUUGAAUGAUUUGGAUGAGAGUAAGGUUAAGAGGGAGUUGUCUGAGAUUGAAAAGGAGGCUUGGAAGUUGCUUCGAGGUGCUGUUGUCAAUUACUGUGGGAAUCCGGUUGGGACUGUUGCAGCUAACGAUCCUGCUGACAAGCAACCGUUGAAUUAUGACCAAGUCUUUAUCCGUGAUUUUGUUCCUUCAGCGCUUGCCUUUCUGCUUAAUGGUGAGGGGGAGAUUGUCAAGAAUUUUCUACUUCACACAUUGCAAUUGCAGAGUUGGGAGAAGACUGUUGACUGCUACAGCCCAGGGCAAGGGUUGAUGCCAGCGAGCUUCAAAGUUCGAAGUGUCUCUCUUGAUGGAAGCAAUGAAGCAUUUGAGGAAAUUUUGGAUCCCGAUUUUGGUGAAUCGGCUAUUGGGCGUGUUGCACCUGUUGAUUCGGGAUUGUGGUGGAUUAUAUUAUUGAGAGCCUAUGGCAAGUUAACGGGUGAUUAUGCAUUGCAAGAGAGAGUGGAUGUCCAGACGGGCAUAAGACUGAUUCUCAAGUUGUGUCUAACUGAUGGAUUUGACAUGUUUCCUUCUCUACUAGUCACCGAUGGUUCCUGCAUGAUUGAUAGAAGGAUGGGAAUUCAUGGUCACCCUCUUGAGAUCCAAGCAUUAUUUUACUCAGCUUUACGCUCCUCUCGUGAGAUGCUGAUAGUGAAUGAUUCAACUAAGAAUCUGGUGGCCGCCGUUAGUAGUCGCCUAAGUGCACUUUCCUUUCACAUGAGAGAGUACUAUUGGGUUGAUAUGAAGAAGAUUAAUGAAAUUUAUCGCUAUAAGACCGAAGAGUAUUCUACUGAUGCUGUCAACAAGUUUAACAUCUAUCCAGAGCAAAUUCCUUCAUGGCUUGUGGACUGGAUCUCUGAGGAAGGUGGAUAUUUCAUUGGCAAUUUGCAACCUGCUCAUAUGGACUUUAGGUUUUUCACACUCGGAAACCUUUGGACCAUUGUUUCUUCUUUAGGCACAACAAAACAGAACCAGGGCAUUUUGAAUUUAAUAGAAGCCAAAUGGGAUGAUUUCGUUGCUCAUAUGCCUCUAAAGAUAUGUUAUCCAGCGCUGGAGGGUGAGGAAUGGCGUAUAAUCACUGGAAGUGACCCCAAGAACACCCCUUGGUCAUAUCAUAAUGGUGGGUCUUGGCCAACACUUCUCUGGCAGUUCACUUUAGCCUGCAUCAAGAUGGGAAGGCCUGAUUUGGCACAGAAGGCGGUUGAUUUAGCAGAGAAAAGGCUUUCGGAGGAUAGUUGGCCAGAGUAUUAUGAUACACGAAAUGGAAGGUUUAUCGGUAAGCAAUCGCGGCUGAUGCAGACAUGGACUAUUGCUGGUUUCUUGACCUCAAAGAUGCUUCUAGAGAAUCCAGAGAAGGCAUCAUUGUUGUUCUGGGAGGAGGAUUUUGAGCUUCUUCAGAACUGUGUCUGCAUGCUAAGCAAAGAGGCUAGAAGGAAGUGUUCCCGUUUUGCUGCAAAAUCUAAGAAUGCUAAGUGAAUCAGUGUGUGUAUGAUUACCAGUUUCACCCAAAUAAAAAAGACUUCUAUCCAAUCCUUCCCUUUACUUCCUUUAAAUGCUGCAAAACACAGUUAACCUCCUCUCAAACGUGUAUCCAAACACGUCUGUAGUCUGUGAACUGACCUCAUUAAAUACAAUAAUUGAUUGUAUGGUGAAGGAAACCACUUUUCAGAGUUAGUCUGUGAACUAGUUGUCAUGUAUAGUGACAACGGCUAACUGUAUAACAUAGUCUGUACCAUCAUUCAUUUUAAUUUAUAGUUAUUCAGGGAUGACUCACUCCCCAUGUGGAUUUCUGAUCGAAACUUUAUGUGCUAGGUCUCUUCACUCUAUCAGAUUUGAAACACUGUUCACAUUAA